UGUCGCGCGGGCCUUUAAUCGAUAGCUUUGCAACAAUCUUUCCAAAAGAUGGUAGCUCACGGAAUUAAAACAAUUAAACGAAGAACAAGAACAAUUGCCUCUAUUCAAACUCGGAUAUACUAACAUUCAAGUAACUUCCUCAUAGUUUGAAAGGUGUAGCCUAUUUCUUUUUUUCACUAUUGCUCUCGAAGGUUUACAAGAGCAAGCUCGCGCCAGUCUGAUGAAUUCGCCAAACCAGGACGAAGAUGAUGUGCCCGUUAAAGACCCGGUAAAAUACGGAGAGUUGGUCAUAUUGGGGUACAAUGGUUCUCUGCCCAGUGGAGACCGGGGGAGGAGGAAGAGCCGCUUCGCUCUGUACCGGAGGACCAAGGCCAACGGAGUCAAACCCAGCACUGUUCACAUCCUCAACACACCACAUGACAGCAAGGCAGUCCACAGCAGAGGGCAGCACAGCAUCUCCUUCACUCUGUCCCGCAACCAGACAGUGGUGGUGGAGUACUGCCAUGACAACGACACUGACAUGUUCCAGAUUGGACGCUCCACAGAAAGUCCAAUAGACUUUGUUGUGACGGAUACUUCAGGAGAGGGGAAGGAGGGCGAGGACCCCUCGGUGGCCCCCAGCACCAUCUCCCGCUUCGCCUGCAGGGUGGUGUGUGAACGCAACCCCCCCUACACUGCACGCAUCUACGCCGCUGGCUUCGACUCCUCCAAAAACAUCUUCCUAGGGGAGAAAGCCACUAAGUGGAAGAACCCGGACGGCCACAUGGAUGGUUUGACCACCAACGGGGUGCUGGUGAUGCACCCUGAGGGCUUCCCUGAGGACAGCAGACAGGGUCUAUGGAGGGAGAUCUCUGUAUGUGGGGACGUCUAUGCCCUCCGAGAGACACGCUCCGGACCCAGCCGAGGAAAACUGGCGGAGGGAGAAAGCAGUGCCCUUCGUGAUGGUUCUCUGGUGGACCUGUGUGGAGCCACUCUGCUGUGGCGUACUGGAGAGGGCCUGCUCCGCGCUCCCACCCUCCGCCACCUGGAGGCACUGCGACAGGAGCUCAACGCUGCCCGGCCACAGUGUCCUGUAGGCCUCAGUACCUUGGCCUUCCCCAGCUUGCCACGCAGCCAUAGUCUGGAGGAGCGCCAGCCCUGGGUCUACCUCACCUGUGGACAUGUGCAUGGCCACCAUGACUGGGGCCAGCGUCCGGAGCGCCGGGAGGAGGGAGGAGGAGAGGGGGAGGAAGGGAUCACAAUGGUCCGCCGGGAGUGCCCUCUAUGCAGGAGCGUAGGGCCCUACGUGCCCCUGUGGCUGGGGUGUGAGCCCGCCGUGUACGUGGAUGCUGGAGCUCCCACAUAUGCGUUUGUACCCUGCGGCCACGUGUGUUCGGAGAGGACAGCCAAGUACUGGGCGGAUACCCCACUGCCUCAUGGGACACACGCCUUCCGGCCCACCUGUCCCUUCUGCUCUGCUCCUCUCAGCAGCACCCCACAGGGCUGGACACGCCUCAUCUUCCAGGGCCCUAUCGACUAGCUCGGGCCCCCAGGAAUCGAGACCACAACUACUACGCAAACGUGGAACCAACCACGUCACUAAGCCAAGGGCCCAAUCCUAACUUGAGAUAAUAGUGCGGAACUAAUAUUUCUUCCAUUUACACUGCAUCCUUGAUGUAUGAUUUUAGACAACUGCGUGUAACUCAAACAUCUUUGUAAAUCAUGCGUUGAUGUCAGUUUAGGAUCUGUGUGGAAGUUUAAAUUAGACGCAUGUUUCUCUCAAGGUAAGAUUUUGUCCAUAACAGAACCUCACUUCAAAAGCAAUAAGAACUCCACUAUAGCAAAGCAUUACACUCAUAGAUAAGCUAGUUGUUCCGUUAGUCAUCCAUGUUUCCAGUUGUCUCUUCAGACAUGGCUGAAUGUUAUCUGCAGCUCAAGGGCUAAACCUGGGGUAUGUUGAAGUCACUGGAUGUUCAUAUUUAAUGGUUUCCUGAAAAUAAUGGUUAAUGGUUUCCCUCUCAGCCUAAUUUUGAACCAAUAAUGUAAUGAUGCUUCCAAAGUUUUUGAUUGAAUAUUCCAUUUGACAAAAUAUGAAUUUUUCAGAAAACAAAACUUUGUAAUAUUGCGAAGCGGUUCACCUCGAAAUUACCAAUAACUUACUCUAUAGUAGCAAAGAUAAGUGAUGUUUGUGAACAUUCUGCAGUUUGACCACACCUCAGGUUGGGAACCAAUCAGACAGACAAGGUCUUUGUCAUGUGACAAUAUAGCAGAAAGGUCAAAGGGCGUGACCUAAGGUAACCUCAUAAGACAACAGUUUUUCAAUUAAAAUGUAACUAUUUUAUUAAAAAUGGGGAUGUUUGGGGUGGGAUGGGUUAGGAUUUUAUUUAGAUGUUAAGAUACAACUAUUUUUUUAUCUUGAGUAUUGUUUUUAGUUAAAUGUGAUUUGUCAAUGUAAGCGUUUUGUGUAUGAAUAUUAUUAUUAUUAUGUGUGUUCGAUGAAACUGGGAGAGCUUGUGAGUGUGAGAAAAUUGCCAACACUGUGUCACACAACCAUAAAAAAUUGCCCAGACAAUGAAUGUAGCCAAAUACUCAGGCUAUACUAGCUUAGCCUUCCAAUGUGCUCGUAUUGAAUUGUUCUAUAUUAUGCUACUAUUUUUUUAUCUAAACGUUGUGAUAUAGCUGGAACAUUUCAAAUUGCUUCAAGAAGAUGAACCCGUUAAAUAACAUACCUACACUACUUCUCGUUUAUCUUGCAUGAACACACACACACACAUCUUGCACUGUGGAUUGCCAAAUCUUGCAUUUAUGCUAAAUUGUACACAGUGUUACAUGUUAAUUAUACACGGUACUAAAUGCCUCAAGUGAAAAGAAAUGCUGGUGAAGUGAGCAGUCCAACAGAAAUAUGUAAUUUAAACAUGUUCUUUCCCAUAUAAGAAAUGUACACGCCUACUCAGCUGCUAUUCAGGGACAGAGAACAUGCAGCAGAACCGACAUGAUGCUGUUAUGUAGAAUAGAGAUAAUCGUGUCAGCUCUAUAUUACCUUUCUAUGAUGUAUUAACUGUUUCAGGUUUACAGCCGUCAGUCCUCCGCACACUACCAUGCUGUAUUUGACAUACACUAUAUAUACAAAAGUAUGUGGACACACCUUGAAAUUAGUGGAUUUGGGGGCCGCUGAGUGCUGAAGCGCGUAAAAAUCGCCUGUCCUCGGUUGGAACAUUCAAUACCGAUUGCCAAACUGCCUCUGGAAGCAAUGUCAGCACAAGAACUGUCUUCGUCUGGAGCUUCAUGAAAUGGGUUUCCAUGGCCAAGCAGCCGCACACAAGCCUAAGA